AUGGAUGACCUCAAUUGGAAGGAUGAAACCUCUCUAGAGACUGUCGAGCUCCCCACACCACCUGACGGGGGAAGUCGUGCUUGGUUUCACGUCUUUCUCUGCCACAUGGUCUUCUUCAACACGUGGGGCGUCGUAAACAGCUACGGCGUCUUUCAACAGUACUACACACAGACUCUUGGGCACGCGCCCAGCGACAUCGGAUGGAUUGGAGGAGUUCAGAUGUUUCUUCUCUUCGGCGCCGGUGUCUUUUCAGGUCGUGCCAGUGAUGCUGGCUAUUUCAGGCACUGCUUCAUUGCCGGCGUUGUGCUUCAAGUCCUUGGGGUUUGUCUUACUUCUCUCUGCACACGCUACUAUCAAAUCUUCCUCAGUCAGGCAGUCUGUGUUGGAAUUGGAAAUGGUCUCGUCUUUACUCCUGGGCUGUCUGUUAUGAGUUCUUAUUUCCAUAAUAAACGCCUUGUCGCCGUCGGUUUAUCGGCUGCCGGAGCUGCUACUGGCGGCAUGGUCUACCCAGCCACAGUCAAUGCACUUCUAUAUCACUCUAAUGUCGGAUAUCCGUGGACAAUGCGGGUUCUUGGAUUGAUAAUGCUUGUCACGCAUAUUCCGUCUAUAGUUGGGUACCGACCAUAUCUUCCGCCCCGUAUUACAGGACCGAUUGUGGAAUGGCAGGCGUUUCGUGAGAAGCCCUUCGUAUUCUUCACGGCCAGCAUGUUCUUCAACUUUUGGGGGUUAUACAUGGCCUUUUUCUACCUGGGCAUCUUUGCUCGAGAGACAAUUCAUCUGGCUGAUUCUUUGAAUCUCCUCAUUGUGUUGAACGGAGUGGGCGUGAUUGGCCGGACUGUGCCAAACUUCAUCGGCCAGAAAUACACUGGUAUUAUGAACAUUACUAUAGUUAUGUCGCUCAUAUCUGCCGUUUGUAUCUAUUGCUGGGCCGCGCUUCACGAUUCCGCAGGUCUCUAUGGCUGGACUGUCAUAUACGGGUUGGUUGCGGGCGGCGCACAGGCACUAUUCCCGGCGAUGGCGACUCGUCAAACGACAGAGCUAAACAAAGUUGGUACAAGAACAGGCAUGGUGUUGAGUAUUGUCAGCUUCUCCUGUCUUACCGCCCCGGCAAUACAGGGUGCGUUGUGUGAGCGUGAUGGAGGUGGGUAUUUGGCAGCCCAGCUGUUUUCUGCAUCGUCUGUGGUUGUUGGUGCAGGGUUUUUAGUUCUCAGUCGGUGGAGUCGAGUAGGAUUGAAGCUGAGAGUGAAGAUUUGA